GAAGGAUCUGGAAAACCAGAACGAUUCUCAUCAAAGCACAAACGCACUUCCUCCUCCCCUCCGCGAAUGGGCCUCCGCUUCGCCCAACUCGCCGGCGGGAUCACCCGAGCCGCCUUCUCCCGCCGUGCGCGACACCUCUCCCCAGCCUGCGCCCGCCGCGUGCUUGCCCCUCUCGCCUCGCCGGGUGAGUCUAGCGGCGGCAACUGGCUCGUUCCUGCCCGCGGCCACGGUGGCCACUCCGGCGACCGCGGCGAGGAAAGCGGCGAGGCGUCUGAGAAGAUCUUCCGUUUGGGCCUCGCUGCUGACGUCGUCCUCACCGUAGGGAAAGCCAUCACCGGCUACCUCUCCGGCAGCAGGGCCAUCACCGCCGACGCCGCUCACUCCCUCUCUGACAUCGUGCUGAGUGGGGUGGUUCUGCUGUCGUACAAGGCGGCCAAGGUUCCUAGAGACAAGGAUCAUCCGUAUGGUCAUGGAAAGUUCGAGAGUUUAGGAGCUCUUGGAAUUUCGAGUAUGCUGUUGAUUACCGCAGGUGGGAUUGCCUGGCAUUCUUUUGAAGUUCUUCAGGGAGUUAUGUCUUCUGCUCCUGAUAUAAUUGGCAGCACAUCGCACAUGAAUCACAACCAUGGUAGUGGCGGGCAUAGUCACGUAGUAGAUUUGGAACAUCCAGUCCUUGCAUUGAGUAUGACAACCUUAGCGAUAUCUAUCAAAGAAGGGCUCUAUUGGAUUACGAAAAGAGCUGGGGAGAAGGAAGGGAGUGGGCUGAUGAAAGCUAACGCAUGGCACCAUCGUGCAGAUGCUAUUUCAUCUGUUGUUGCCCUAAUAGGGGUAGGUGGCUCUAUUGUUGGAUUACCUUAUCUUGAUCCACUAGCUGGCCUUGUUGUCUCAGGCAUGAUUCUUAAAGCUGGUGUUGAGACAGGAUAUGAGAGUACACUAGAGCUUGUUGAUGCAGCUGUUGAUCCAUCACUUCUAGAACCAAUCAAGGAAACAAUUGUGAAAGUUGAUGGUGUAAAGGGGUGCCAUCGGUUGAGGGGAAGGAAAGCUGGAACCUCCUUGUAUCUUGAUGUGCAUAUCGAGGUAUAUCCUUUCUUGAGUGUCAGUGCAGCACAUGAUAUCGGGGAAACUGUCCGUCAUCAUAUACAAAAGACACAUAAUCAAGUUGCUGAAGUUUUCAUACACAUAGACCCCUCAUAUUCAAUGGGUGCUAACAUGAACAAGAAAAGGAUUUUGGAGAACUCGGAGAGAAGAAAUUCAGACGUUAUUCCACGGCAACGAAGUGCAGAAGCUAUUGUGUCUGAUAUAAUUUCCUCUCAUUUUCCAAAGAAAAUGUGUCUUGAACACCUGAUACUGCAUUACUUGCAAGGACGGGUGUUGCUUCAGGUCCAAGUUUCAAUGUCUCCAGAAAUUUUGAUUCGGGAUGCAAUGCACAUCGCAAAAAAAGCCGAGGAAGAGAUCAUGAAGGCUGAUGCCAGCAUAUGCCAAGUCAGUGUACAGCUGAGAUUGGGGCAACAAAUUGAGCAACUUCAGCUGGCCGCAAGCAAAAGCGGAGCAAACGAUCUACAGGCGGAAAAGCAGUAGAGCGAAUGGGCGCAUAUCGUGUGCAGUACAGCUAUGCUGACUCAGUCAGCUGGCAUGGUGAUUUUGUUAAUCUUUCUGACAUGCAUCAAGUGCAGUCACUGCUGAGGCCGCGAACUAGGACAGCUCUUGUACAUUGUGUCUUGUUUGGAGAUAUUAGAAGAAAUGAAACAACCUUGAAACAGGCUCACGCUCCGCUUUAUAGAUAACGCAUAAACCAAAGUGCAGGCCCGAACAACACAAGGUAAUGUGGAAGCUCUCUUACACAACGGAUCUUGGGAUAACCGGACAAUACAAGGCCCUGUUUGGAGUGCAGUUAGAGAAAACACUGGGAAGGGAAACUGCGUAGGAACUGUACUGAAUGAACAGUUGAAAGCUUUGGAACGGGAAAAGAAGGGAAAGGUGUCAGCGUACCUGAGGGAGGGACCCAGAGGGUAGCGACCCCAGCAUCGUCAACGCUGCCCCUUGUCCCACCCUACUGCGGAGGCCCAACUCCAACGUCCAUGGCCCGGACUGGGCCCAGUGAAGGCCCAUGCGCCACCUACUUAUGCAGCCGUGCGCGUGGAGAGAAGCAUCCAGUGGGUAUUCAUUUGAUCUUGAUCCUUGUGGAGUGAAAAAGACGCUAUACUGGCUCUGCACAUACUUACAGAUAAUAUCCAUAAAUGGUUUGUUUUUGGUAAUCGACGAAGAUUACCAUAUUGAUAUUCGGGCGCAUGGUAAA